AUGUCUCGCUUGCAGCCAAAUGCGUCGAUCAAUGCUCACAACAGUGCUCUUCUCAUCCUCCUACCUUUACCAUCAUCAUCUCGUACAAGGUUAACAUAUCUCCCUUCUCACUUCGUAUCUGUAACUAAAAAUAUCUUUCUUGUUACUCUGCCAAGCCCUUCUACCCCACUUAAAUUCACUUUCCCUGCAAACGAUUCCUUCUCCUCACUGUCCUCCCCCAGCCCUACGUCCGACAACCUACGCCAAUCUGCACCCACAGAGGAGAUCAUGGAUGCUAACACCAGCAGCCCCUUUGAAGAGCGUCCAAAGCCAUUCGUUUCCCAACAGGCAACGAAUCAAGACAUUCAAGAUGACGGCCAGUCUGAUUCCGCCUCCCUCUUUCCACCAGAACUAUCUUACCGGAUGGUUGAUUGCGCACCUCCUUCCCCAUCUCGUUCUUUCCUUCGUGUAGCUAAACGCACCUUCUCUCCUUCCCGAUCAAAGCAACGUUCCAAGUCACGUUCCCGCAUAGAGGAACAUGUCCCACCUUCAUCCCCUUCAUCCGCUAACGUUCAGGGUGGGAGGAAAACAUUUAAUUUUGGGAUUCAAUCAUUUCCUUCGUUCCCUACCAUCCAGGCUUCCCCAGGUAUUCCCGUUCUGCCCCAGACAGCGAAAGAAUCUCCUGUGAAGAAAUUCAUGCGACGCACCGCCACCCUCUUGCGUCUGGCAAAGCCUUCUUCACAUGAAGCACCCCUUCCUCUGCACCCGACCAUCACAGCCGGGUCCCCGAUACCGGACGCCAUUUAG